UACAUAGAAAAUUUUUGAUCAAAACUAUAAUGUAAGAAUAGAGAAUCUCCAUUUCCCCCUCCCUUUAUAAAGCAUAAAACCUCAUGCACAUGUUUUAACACAAAUAACUCAGAACCAAACACUUCAUUUAAUCUUCUGGCUUUUCUUCUCUUCUUUCCAUUCUAAAAUGGUUUCCCUGGAAACUGUUCAGGGUAGCUCUAAAUGCAUUGAACCAAAUUCAAGUCCCCGGAUUUCGUUCUCUGCUGAUUUUCUUGAUGAAAAUAACUUCAUUUCUAUAUGUCCAAAUCCUCAGGCAGAGAAAAAAGAAAGAGAGAUAGCGUUAAAUGCCGAAUUUGAGUUUCUUUCGGCGAAUUCAACGAGUCAAAACAUGAUAACUGCAGACGAGCUUUUCUCCGAAGGUAAGUUGCUUCCUUUUUGGCAAAUGCAUCACUCUGAGAAACUCCACAAGAUUAGCCUCAAAACGGAGAACGAUGAAGAGGUAACGGGUGGAAAAGAGACGAAUAACAAGGAAGACACCAGAAUCAGUUGGUUUCUUGAUGAUGAUCCCUCUCCUCGACCUCCUAAAUGCACUGUUUUAUGGAAGGAGUUGUUAAAGUUGAAAAAACAACGCGCUUCUACCUUGUCUCCAUCUUCUUCUUCCUCAUCGUCCUCUUCCAGAGGCUCACUGGUGGAUGUGCCUCCAGUCAAUGAAAGUAAAGAACGAGUUGGACCUCGAGACAAGACUGUAAAGAGACUCAAGAAGGGGCUGGACAGAACAAGAUCGACUAGUAUGCGUAUAAGACCGAUGAUCAAUGUGCCUAUUUGCACACAAGGGAAAAACAGUGCAUUGCCUCCCCUUUUCUCCAUAAGGAAAGGAAGAUUAGAGAGGAAGAAAUAAGGAAAACAUGAUCAAGAGAAUAAGGAACUUCUGAUUCCAGCCAAACUCAUCCAAUACACAGAGGAAUCUAUUUAAAUUUCAGGACAGUGAAGGAUUAAAUUCCUAGUCGUUAUUAUAUUGUAGCAUCACCUAAAAACUGGGGAAAAUUUGAUUAAUAAAAAUUCCAAAGACAAGGCCGAUUAUUUUCAAAGCCUAACGGGAUAGAAUGUAUCAAAAUAAUACGAAAGUAUGUUCCAUGUGUU